CGAAGAUUAAGUUUGGCUUUGUUGCACGUCGCAUGUCGUGCGGUCCGUAACGAUCCCAACGGCCCGUAACGAUUCUUACGGUCCGCAACGAUUUGACGAUUUGACGGUUCGUCACAAAAUUGACUGUUUCAGCAAACCUUGAUAAUUCACAAUUUUGACGAAUUUCAUGCUUCGACCAUUUCGCGUCCUCGGUACUGUUGGGCACUUGAAGAACCCGUCGUCAUCCUUCUAUGUUGGCAUUUUACCUCGUGUUUUUAUCUUCAGCUGUUGACUUCUUUCCCAAUUCGGAACGUUUCCCUACCGUUGCCAACCACCUUAUAUUCAGAACCUACCCUGUCGUUUCCAAUUAAGGAAGUCAGUACAAUGCAACUAAAUCUGAAAGGCAAGGUCGUCCUGGUCACAGGAGGCACGAAAGGCAUUGGCCGAGCCAUCGUGGAAGGCUUCCUCGCCGAAGGAGCCUUCGUCCAUUUCUGCUCGCGCACCAAUGCAGAUGUCGAGGACGCCGCCAAAGAGCUCGCGACCCUCGCAUUACAAUCCUCUGGCACUAUAUCAGGAGCCACAGUAGACAUCACUCAAGCAACUCAAGUCAAAGACUGGGUAAUGCAAGUGUCGGCCUCAGAGGGGCAAAUCGACGCAGUCGUUUCCAACGUAUCCAGUCUCUCCGUGUCGAACACGCCUGAAGAUUGGAAUACAGCCUACAACACCGAUAUGCUCGGCACAGUCUCGCUCAUUGACGCCUGUCUUCCAUACCUGGAAAAGACCAAAGGAAGCAUCAUCACUAUCUCAUCCGUGUCCGGCCGAGAUGUCGAUUUCACUGCUCCAUCGCCCUAUGGCGCAUUCAAGGCUGCUUUGAUUCACUACACAGCUCAGUUGGCUCACACGCUUGCAUCCAAGGGAAUCAGAGCUAAUACUGUAAGUCCGGGGAAUAUCUAUAUCGAAGAUGGAGUUUGGGGUGAUAUUGAGGAAGGUGAUCCGGAGCUGUUUAAGAAUCAGCUGGCGAAGAAUCCUAUGGGCAGGAUGGGGAAGGCAAGUGAAGUCGCAGAUGUUGUUGUGUUUCUGACAAGUGAGCGCGCCAGUUUUGUGAGUGGAACGAAUGUGGUUGUGGAUGGAAGCCUGUGCACUGGAGUACAGUUUUAAUUCAUUACUUUGAAUCUUGAUACGUACUUGUCACAAUUUAUUCGUCUCAUUUCACUUCACGAAAUAUUCAUUUUUUGGCCUUAAUUGAUUAGUCAGGUCGCUCUUUC